AUGGCAUUUCCUGGAGCAACAUACCAUGCCGACUCUGAUGCAGACGACGAGUAUGAGAGAAGUGUCAUGACUUCACCAACGCAGUUACAUACCGACUCGGAAACCUCCUCAGAACCUCAAUCCAAUGAACAUACCCCCACCACCUUCGACAAUGCCGGCGAGGAUCCCAAUCUGCCACGGACUAUAAUAACAGAAUGGAGCCCAGAAGAGUGUGCACAGUUUGUGUCGAGUUUAAAUCUAAGGCAGUACUGUCAGGCUUUCAUAGAGCAUGGCAUCGAGGGUGAAGCGCUUGUGGCACUCAAGCAUGAUGAACUAAAAGAGAUGGGCAUUGCCAGUGUUGGCCAUAGGUUGACCAUCCUGAAGAAUGUCUAUGACAUGAAAGUCAAUCAGGACAUUCCAAUCGAGCCUGAUGACUAUGUCCCACCAACCGCUGAACGAAAUCCGCAGCAUGAAAUGGCCACAAAAGAAGACAUUGCCAGAAUCGCGCGAUCUAUAAUUCGAUUACGAGAUGAACGAAUCGCACAGACCGAAGCCCAGCUCACAAGGCUAGCGGACGACUACCGCAAACUACGUCAGGAACUCCUCCCAGUUUUCAAGAUGGCGAAAGAGCGAUCAGAACCUCUGCCCUAUGCCCCAUACCAGAACAAUUCCAUCAACCCUGAAAUAUACCAGCAAGACCUCAGCUCCCCAGUUAUAACGACACAUCCAAUGCCAGAGAAAACGAGCCUAACUCGAACAUUCUCCAAGAAGUUGGGUUUAAGUUCCACACCCAAGAACAAUUCUCCAACAUAUAUACCUAGUACAAUACAUGAGGGUAGGACUCUCACAGAGAACUCCGCUCUAGAUCCGUCAGCUGCGGCAAGUCUGGCAUCAAACACGCUAACUGCAUCGAUGUCAGGUGGCAUGUUAUCCCAGCCGUCACCCAUUGCUCCUUCGCCGACCUCUCCAUUGCCUCAUCAUCAACCACUUGCUCCCCGAUCAUAUCAGAGGGAUGGGGGCAGCGCUGGGUCAAGGUACGAUGGGUCCGAUGAGCCGUCAUCUCGGAUGAAGGAGGUUACCCUCGAUCGUGAACCCCCCACCUCAGCAAAAUCAGUCUCAGCAAAGCUCAACCCGACCAAUUCGUCGAUUUCAAAUGCUUCCACAUUAAUCCCAUCACGAGAAAUGUCUGCCUCCGUUCCGCCGAAUCUGCCAUCCAGUGCCGCAGGCGGCCAUACUCCGGGUGAAGCGCCAUCCGUUGAAAUCUUCAAAUCUUUUCGGGUAGGCCUCGAAGACCCUUGUUACAAGGUCCUUCCCGCCGCGCUCCGCAAGUACAAUAUUCAGGCGGAUUGGCGACAGUAUGCAUUGUAUAUUGUAUAUGGUGACCAGGAACGAUGUGUUGGCUUGGAGGAGAAGCCACUGGCACUGUUCAAAGACCUGGACCGGGAAGGCAAGAAACCUAUGUUCAUGCUCCGAAAACUCGCCAACCCAAUAGUUGACGUGCCUCAGUCGGGUGGAGGCAUGAAACCACUGGGGCUGGGAAACAAUGGGAGCAGUGGGGUGGGCAUCCCAAGUGCAUCAAAUGGACGAGCCGUGCCUCAGCAGACUCUGCCGGGGGGAGUGCUAUAA